UAUUUUCUGUAGAAAUCGUCUCUGAUAAUCCAUUCAACUGGCCUGAUGGGUCAAAUACACCCACAUUCUUCGUGGCGAUGAACCGUCGCAGAUGCUGCCAGCGUCCCCUUAGCUCACAACGUGUGGGUCUGGAGCUGCCUUAAUGAGUCUACUCGCAUUCAUUUCUCCUGCUUGAUGUAUCCCCAUUUUGCUUUCCAGAUUGCCGUGGCCCGCAUCUGUUGCUGAUCGCUCACGACUGCGUCCACGGACUGACUCAUCGCUCAGGUCAGUUGGUAUUUUCAAUACCCGGAGAGUGAUUUCGAAAGCAUUCUCGAAGAUCCCAUCAUACUCGACUCAAGUUAUUAAAGAGGUUUCAGGAAUAUUGCAAAAGCCCCCUGCUCAUCGACUUCUUUGAACUACGAUCACGAAAUGUCACGUUAGUGACAGAUUUUGAUGGACGUUUCCUUCAUUUGGAACACUCGCUAGAUCAUUGGAAUUACGGAACUUCUCAGCAGCGCCCAACAUGAAGCUUUAGUUAUUCGGGUGGGGUAAGAGCAAGAACCCCCAGCAGCCAGUUCUACAGCAAGUCAUCUCACCAGAUUGGAGAAAUGUCAGAGGCCAAAGUUUGGUCCGAGGGACACCCAUAAAGCCUAUUUUGCCAUCUAAGAGCGGCAGAACGGAGACCAGGAAGCAACAGGGACUUCUCGAUUUGGAAGAAGAUGGUUACCAUCAUGACGCUAAUGUGAAUCACAAGGUCUGCGCUGACAAGAUGGUAUCUAACGAGAAAUUACGGGAGACCAUCCGAUUCGUGUUCAGCAAUGAGCAGGAAGGCUUGCUGGCAAUCGGGACAUUCGCCUUGGAUCAGCUCGCAAUGCUCCGGGACACUCUUGUAAAGGAAGGAUACCAGAACGAAGGAACUGAAUCGGGGUUCGAGUCUUGCACCUCCGGCGCAAUGCUGAGCUCUGACGACGAGGAGCAACUGCAAUGGAGCUGGGUAGACGCCCGGAAGACUUGCGACCUACCCGUCUACGGAUCAGACGUGUACAUUCCUGGCGGUGACUUAGAGGCCGAUCAAGAAUCCAGAAAACAAAGGAUUGCUACCGCGAAUCAGUACAAGGCCCUCACCCUCCACAAAUCCAAGGGCAAUCGCACUGCAAUUGCGGGAGUAAAGCCAAUCGUCCUCCUUACGACAAUGCCACCGGAAUUCAGGAAGGCGCUUGAUCCCGUCAGUGCUUUACUUUACAGUAAGUCUCAAUUGCCGAAUUUUGCACCUCAUUGGACCGAUCAUGUGCCACCUCCACAGCCUGCGAAAGGGGAGGGUCCGUCUCCUGAUGAUGAGUACCACUCUGACUACUCAUCUCGUCUCUGCGGCCUCUUCACUUCCAAGAGGAAAGCUUCGAAGUCUAGCAAGUCCAAGAACAGUCAGAAGGAAGUCGCACUUGUCGAGAAUAAGGACAAGAAGUAUAACGAGCUUUCUGAGAAGGAAACCAAGAAAUCGGUGUUGAAGUUUGGAACCAAUGGUGUACCAUCUAUUGGAAAGCUCGCAAAGUUUUGGCGGUCCAGCUGCAAACAGUCGUCCGCGAGGAUUGCACCUGAAAAAACCCCGUGCUCACCUCGAGUUUCAGAAGAGUUUAAGGGUCCGUCAUGCACAGCUAAUGGGGCUGAAAGCGGAGAAGUUUUGACUACUCCAGCCCUUCGACCUCCCAGUUCCGCACACUACAGAAUGAGUCCACGAAACAGUCAUCCCACCGGUGCUUGCAGCCCGAAAGUUGCCGAGUUCAGGAGAAGAGUGGCCAUGCACGAGAGAGUGGCGACUGCGCUAGGGGAGCUUGCACGAGAGGAUGUCGGCGGGAGUGGCCGGGACGAUUUCGGGCACUGGGUCAAGACUGAUUCAGAAUGUAAGUUACACAUACACACAUCCCGGCAUCCUUCCGCAUUUUACUACAACAUCGUACCACAACAAGAGAUGAAUCAAUCAUCUGCACAGACAUCUGCACUCUGAUCUGUUUCUGAACCCAUCUGCUCGUUUGCUGUGCCUCAGUUGUCGUUCUUGAGAUGUGAACCGACCACGCACCAUAAAUCAUCUUUUCCAACAUAAUUGCCGCUUGUUCGAGUCGACUAGCCGGAUCUCGGCUUGCGUACUCCAGCAUCCGAAUCGAACACCCAGGCCCCCACUCCUUGGACUGUAAUCUUCUCACCAGUACAAGGCGAUCGGUAGUCAUAGCAAUCGGGUGCCGCUGAUUGUUCCGAUCCCCCCAACCCCC